UCUGCCAUUGCUAAGACGAACCACAGCCUUUUCAAGACAAUCACAUGAUUUCAUUUGGGAGUCAAAAUGCUCCGCGGGGGUCACUGGGUAGAGAGAGAGUAGAAGAGUGAGUGUAUGUGAGUGUGAGAGGGGGGGAUUGAUUGUAGUCGACUCUCUGAGUGGAAAAAAUGAAAAUGACUAGCCGAGAGAGAGUACUCGAGUUCAAGCUAUUUACCACGUCUGGACACUGCGCUUGGAAAUGAAUGAAGAGCAAAUGAACUAAUAUAAAGAAGCCUGCAGCCGAAAAUCUUUGAUGUUGCGUUUACCACAUGCAGAGCUCCUGCUGCCGCCGCUGUUACACUUUUUAAUUCAACCUGCUGGAAAGUCUCCACUUUUUUUUUUACGAUAACAGAAUAAAGGUGAUCACCAGACAUGGCAUUGUUGCGCCUUUUUUGUGCGGACUGGAGAAACUGCACGGUGGUUUUGGUACUUUUCCACAUCUUCUGCUUUUUCACACCGUGCACAUUGAAUAAUGGUGCUGGCUCUUCUGGACAUCAUGGCUCAUCUGCUCUACUUCAGUCACUCAAUUUACCUCAACACACAGAAUAUGAGAUUGUAGCACCAUAUGAGGUCAAUUAUCAUGGAACAUACAUCUCGCAUGAUGUUGCUCAUCAUAAGAGCAGAAGACGACGUAGAUCCUUGACUCCAGAUGCAGACUCGUGGAACACUGGCAGCAGCAGCGAAACGUUCCACUUCCGGCUUAGUGGCUUCGGGCAGGAUUUCCACAUGGAGCUGAGGGAGGCCUCAGAGAGCCUGAUUGCACCUGGCUUCACCAUCCAGGUCCUGGGAAAGAAUGGCACCAAGAGCCUGAGGGCCUACCACCAGGAUGACCUCUGCUUUUACCAGGGGUCACUGAGGUCAAAGGUCAACUCCUCAGUGGCACUGUCCACAUGCAUGGGGAUGUCAGGUUUGAUUCGAACACAGGAUGCCGACUACUUCCUCAGACCAGUGUCACGCAGCCUUGCAGAGAGGGAGAACUUUACCAUGCCCACCAGUCACCAACCACACAUCCUCUACAAGACUGACAGGGACUUUUUAACAAAGCAGAGGCAUCGUGAGUCUCGGUUGCUUCAGAAGAGAUCCAUCGAUUCCUCUCACCACAAAUCACAUGAACACUUCCCUUCGAAGCUGGACUCCGCACACAACAUAGUUAAUGAAGAUCAAAAUGGACUCCUCCAAAAACAACAAAGUGACAUCCGAAGACAUCACCAUGACAACAGUAACAGCACAAGCCAUGGGGACCUACUGAAACGUCACGGCAACGGACGCCACCGCAGUGAUUACAGACAUGGAGAGAAGCAGAGGCAACACUUCUGUGGGAGAAGGAAGAAAUAUAUGCCCAAACUGCCAAAGGACGAUGUUUUUAUCCUCCCAGAUGAGUACAAGUUCAUCCCCAGGAACAAACGGGCCGUGCUGAUGAAGAAUCAGGUCAAUCAAAAGCUCAACGUGGAGACACUGGUGGUUGUGGACAGAAAAAUGAUGGACAACCACGGCCACGAGAACAUCACAACAUAUGUACUUACUGUGCUAAAUAUGGUCUCCAGCCUUUUUAAAGAUGGCACAAUAGGAGGAAAUAUCAACAUAGUUAUAGUGGGACUCGUGCUUUUGGGUGAAGAGCAGAAUGGCUUAGUGAUCAACCACCAUGCUGAUCACACACUGAACAGCUUCUGCCACUGGCAGUCAACUCUUGGAGGCAGAGAGGGCCGACACCAUGACCACGCCAUCCUCCUCACAGGACUCGACAUCUGCUCUUGGAAGAAUGAACCCUGUGAUACUCUUGGCUUUGCUCCAAUUAGUGGAAUGUGCAGCAAGUACCGGAGCUGUACCGUGAAUGAAGACACUGGCCUGGGUCUGGCAUUUACCAUCGCUCAUGAAUCGGGACACAAUUUUGGAAUGGUCCAUGAUGGUGAAGGCAAUGUUUGCAAGAAAUCGGAGGGCAACAUCAUGUCGCCCACAUUGGCUGGUCACAAUGGGAUCUUCUCUUGGUCUCCAUGCAGUCGCCAGUAUCUCAGCCGCUUCCUCAAUACCGCCCAAGCCUUUUGCCUAUCAGAUGAACCUAAAGCUGUCAAGGAGUACCAGUACCCUGAGAAGUUGCCGGGCGAGUUGUAUGAUGCAGACACACAGUGCAAAUGGCAGUUUGGAGAAAAGGCGAAACUCUGCACCCUUGAUUUUAAGAAGGAUAUCUGCAAGGCUCUGUGGUGCCACCGUGUUGGGAGGAAGUGUGAGACCAAAUUCAUGCCAGCUGCUGAAGGCUCUGCCUGCGGCCCUGAUAUGUGGUGUCGUAGGGGACAAUGUGUGAAACAGGGUGAUGAGGGCCCAAGGCCUCAGCACGGCCACUGGUCGGAGUGGUCAUUGUGGUCUACCUGCUCUCGAAGCUGCGAGAGUGGAGUCACCUUUCGAGAGAGGCAGUGCAACAACCCCAGACCUGUAUAUGGUGGGAAGUUCUGUGAGGGCUCCUCCAGGUCAUACAAGCUUUGUAACACUCAAGACUGUCCACCCAACACCACUGACUACAGAGCACAGCAGUGUGCUGAAUUCAACAGUAAACAGUUCAGAGGAUGGUACUACACCUGGAGACCAUACACGAGAGUGGACGAUCAAGAUGUUUGCAAGCUGUACUGCUUUGCUGAAGGUUAUGAUUUCUUCUUUGCCCUGGCCAGUAAAGUAAAGGAUGGGACACUUUGUUCAAGGGACAGCUCCAAUGUUUGUAUUGACGGAUUGUGUGAGAGAGUGGGCUGUGAUCGUAUUUUGGGCUCCACAGCUGUGCCUGAUGCAUGUGGGGUGUGUAAAGGAGACAACUCUACGUGCAAGAUCUACAAAGGACACUAUACAAAGCAGCAUUUUACUAAUCAGUACUAUGGAGUGGUAACCAUACCAGCAGGAGCUCGAAGCGUCCGUGUGAUGGAGCUGAAUACAUCCACUUCUUAUUUGGCUAUCAGAGACAAUCAGAGACACUAUUAUCUUAAUGGCCACUGGACAGUGGACUGGCCAGGACGACACCCCAUUGCUGGAACAAUUUUUGAGUACAAAAGACCAUAUAAUCGACCGGAGAGCCUCAUAUCAGCUGGUCCUACAAAUGAAACACUAGUAAUUGAGAUAUUGUUGCAGGGCUGGAAUCCUGGUGUGAGCUGGGAAUAUACUCUAAAGCACAUUGAUGAGAAGCUGCCCAAGAAUCACAUCAAGAACAAUUAUACCUGGGCCAUCAUACGAUCCCAGUGCUCUGAAACUUGUGCUGGAGGACAUAUGAACACCAAGCCAGCAUGCUACAAAGACUUGAGAGUGCAGGUGAAUGUGUCAUACUGCAAUCCCAGAUCAAAACCAGCUACUGGCAUGGUGCCCUGCAACACCCAACCAUGUCCUGCCAGCUGGUCUGUAGGAGAGUGGGGGGUGUGCAGCCAGAGCUGUGGAGGAGGGGAACAGACACGGCAGGUCCAGUGUGUCCAGAAAACCAGCCAGACCAAUGUAGACGCCCUGCCUGACUCUCACUGUGCCCAGCCCACCCCAUUUCUGAGGCAGGCCUGCAACACUCAUAGCUGCCCCCCUGUAUGGACCACCGGGCCAUGGUCACAGUGUUCACGUAAGUGUGGCAGCGGUUUAAAGAAGAGGACUGUGAUGUGUAUGAGCACCACUGCAGGUGUUCAGAGUCACACACUGCCAGACAGCGAGUGUGCAGGCCUGCAGAAACCUGCCAGUCAGGAAUCCUGCAUCAUCAAACGCUGCCAGAAACAACGCAAGGUCCAGUGGUUUGUCUCCACGUGGCAAGAGUGUUCAGCAACAUGUGGCCAUGGCUAUCAGACACGUUUCAUCAAGUGUGCAGAAAAGGAUACAGCUGGAAAGUACAGAGAGCUGACAGCCAAGAAGUGCCACCAUGUUCCCAAACCCACAGCUGAACUACAAAGGCCCUGUUUCCUUGCUGAUUGUCCUGCACGCAUAAUCCUGCCUGUCCACCGAUGGAGCACACCUCACCGCACCUAUCUACCUCAGCCCCUCCCUCACCGUCCACCUCCCCCAGAGUGGCAUUCAUCUCCGUGGUCUCAGUGUACAGUGACAUGUGGUGGAGGAGUGCAGGCCAGGACAGCCCAGUGUCAAAUCCAGGGGAAACCGUCUUCUGGUUGUGCCCUCCAUCUUAAACCCCCAGAGUCCCAGGCCUGCAACACCAACUUCUGCCCACGACCUGAGAAGAAAGAUCUUGUGUGCAGGGAUUAUUUUAACUGGUGUUAUCUGGUGCCACAGCAUGGAGUCUGCAACCACAAGUUCUAUGGCAAGCAAUGCUGCCACUCCUGUUCAAAUUCAAAUCUAUAAUCAUUCAGUGUGACUUGCAGCUCACAGAGACAUUGCUAAGGAAUUAGAAAGACUAUAUUUCUUGUCCAAGCUUGAAAAGAUGUGUUUGUGUUCCAAGUCUGUGGUGAGCAUUGAAAAAAAAGUACACUUCGGUGGAUGUGCAAGAGAGUCGCCCUUUUUUCUUCUAUCUGGAUGUAAGAACCUGAUGCUGACACCAGUAAACAUGAAUGUGACCACGAGAGGACAAAGAAUCUUGGACAAAGCAAGAAUGACUGGCCUAGCUUGAAAAAAAAACUGAAAAAAUUAAACUUUGUAUACUGUAAUGUAACAGAACACAACAAAUAAUAAUGGCACACCAGCAAAGAACCGUGGACGAGGUUGCAACUAACAGGUGAUGUCUCCCACUUUGUGCUGUUCAUCUUGAUCAUUUGGAAAUUUGGGGUCUAAUAAUAAAAGGGACUUUUAAAACCUUAGAUUUAAUGGAAAAAACCUAAUCAAUAUUUAAUUCUGCAUGAUCUCUACAAUGGUAUAUUGAUUCCUAAAGGAAAAGGAAACAGAAAAAAACCAUACUAGAGAUCGACAGUAUUUUGAGACAGGACAAAUCUGUGUGAACUUCUUUUUUUUACUCAAUGGUGCUACAACCUUUUCACUUUUAUUUCACAGAGUCAGUGGGAGAUUCUCAAGAUUUCAGGAAGUGGCUAAUGAAUUGUGUGACCUGUGUACAGUAUUGUUUGUUUUAUUUAUUGGCUUUACAAUGCAGCAUUGCUGAAAGACUGUAUUAAUAAGCAAUGUAAAUGCUACUUUUUUGUUUUCUUUUUUAACUAAACCCAAGCACCAGUACCUUAGUAUUUUAUAUCAUGUUGUACUACUAGUCAAUAAACCCACAUGUUUUGGUCCAAACAGCAUUUUAGCUCAACAAAAAAGCAGCUGUUGAGUGUAAAUUUUCAUCAGAACAGUAAUAACUGUCUGAGCAUGUUUCAAAAGUCACUUGUCCAUAUUUUAUUGUUUAACACUAUUAUACAAAGCAGUUGUGUAUUGCAGGCGUUGUUAUGGCACAAAAAUGCAUUACAUGUCACCUAUGAUUUGGAAGCACUGGCAGAUUAUAGUUAAUACUAUUCUAACAUGAAUUUGUUACAGUAUAAAUGAAAUAAUAUUAACAAAUAUGCAUCAUAAUAGCAAGCAAGCUGUAGCAGUCCUGAUUUCAUCAUAUUUAGCUUGUGCAACUGAAUUUCAUGCUCUUUUCAAAUUGAUUCAUUUAAUGGGAAAAAGGCUUAAGAUGGAAACUUGAUCCCCACACGUUUAUCUCUUCAACUAGGCAAGGUGCUAUCAUCACACCGUGACAGAGGAUUUGUCUUUCAACAUGUUAUUAACAUCACUAUCAUUAUUACACGUUUUCAUCUUCAUAAUAGGGGCUAGAAUGUUUUAUUUGUAUUUCUGUAGCUUUAAUACUCAGCUUUGUAACUUUCAGAUUUAACAGCUGUAAUGUAAGUUUGUAAAUUGAAGCAUAUCUUAACUCUUCUUUGGUGUUAUUUAUUUUCUUUUUUUCCCCACAUAGAGUAAGAUCUGUUCCUGUCUCUUUGUAUUCUUUUGUACACUUCACAGCACAGCCAGGCAGGGUUCCUUGGUACCUGAUUAAUUAAAACAAAGUUCAACAAUAAUACUGUUGCAAUUUUUUAAAAAAUAUCAAAAUUGUAUUAUUAAUAUUUAGAUUUAAUCCAUUAAUAAGACUGAAUCUGAAUGGUUUAAAAC